AUUUUAUUUUUACGUUUAACUGUCACAUCUUUUGCAAACGAUGAUAGAAGCGGAGGAUCACACGAAUGGGAAAAUGCGAAAACUCAUAGCUGACCAAGUUGUUGCUAAUGCUGUAUUUUUCUUUAUAGUCGGUUUUGACACAAGUCUCACUUUAAGUUGGUGUUCGUAUUACUUGGCAAUAAAUAAUGAUAUACAAGAAAAAGUUCGCCGAGAAAUUAAUGAAAACAUCAAAAGAAAUGAAGAAAUCCAAUACUCGGACUUAGAUAAACUUCAAUAUAUGGAACAAGUGAUGCUAGAAACACUUAGACCAGUGGUUCUCAAAGUGGGUGCCGCGGCACCUUAGGGUGCUGCAAGUACGCCACAAGGGUGCCCCG